AUGGCCGGGCUGCCCUGCAGGAUCAUCAAGGGAACCCAGCAUUUGCUGGCAGAACCAGUUUCUGGCAUUAAAACAGAACCAGAUGACAGCAAUGCCCGUUAUUUUCGUGUCGUCAUUGCUGGCUUCCAGGAUUCUCCCUCUGAUGGAGGGACUUUUAAACAUGAACUAUACCUUCCAGAAGAAUACCCAAUGGCAGCACCUAAAGUAUCUUUCAUGACCAAAAUUUAUCAUCCUAAUGUAGACAAGUUGGGAAGAAUAUGUUUAGAUAUUUUGAAAGAUAAGUGGUCCCCAGCACUGCAGAUCUACACAGUUCUGCUAUCAAUCCAGGCUUUGUUAAGUGUUCCUAAACCAGAUGAUCUAUUAGCAAAUGCAGAGGAAGCCCAAGGAAGCCCAAGCUAUAGAUACAGUGAGAGCAUGGACUAA